UAUCGGCAAGUAGGACGCUCGCGCUAUGGCUAGUGUAGAAAUAUUUCUCGACCGUAUGAGAAAAAUAUCAAAUUGAACAACAGUACAUAUACACGCGCGCACACGCACAGGCACAAGCACACGCCUAUAAUACACGUUCAUGUUUACUCGGAUUAAAAACCAUUCGAACAGGUAACACUGUGUACUAUCAAGGUGUCUCAAGGGUGGGGCAUGGUUAUCUGGAGAAAAUUUUUUCAACGAAAGUUUUUUCUCGCGUUUUAAAAAAAAAAUAGGUAAUUACAUAGAAAUUCCUCGCCGUGUUCCGUAUUCAUGUUUUACGCCAUAUUUAUUAUUUUUUUUUUUACUCUGUGUGUGUUUGUGUUUAUGUAUAUGUAUAAUAUUUGAAAGAACAUUUUUGCUUUUAUUUUAUAUAUUAUUGUUAUUUGUAUUUAACCGUUCUAUACAAUUAAAGCGUCGUGUCUUACUACAGAAAAAUUGUAUGUGUUGUUUAAAAUCUGGACCGCCUAGGUACAGAAUCCAAUCAGUGCAAGUAAACAACAAUCUGUGAUCUAUGUAUAGUUUGAUAUAAUAUUUUAAGUUUUUUUUUAAUCUUAUCUUGUGAAUGGGUUUCCAAUGUUCAUUAAAUCUCGAAUGCUGUAAAGCAUUAACUAUAGCAUAUAUUUUUUGAUUUAUUUUGUAUUUUUUUUGUAUAGUGUUAAAUUUUCUUGUGUUUUUUAUAUAAUUGUGCUUACAUACGUUAGUCGAAACAAAAUCAUGGUUAUUGUCAACGAUCUUGAUUACCAGCCAUUUCAAUCACUAGUCAAUGUCGACAGCAUACCAUUAAUUAUUCCAGAAUGUACAAUCACCAAGAAGCAGCCUACUAAGACAUUUAGUGAAAUCCAACACCUUAUUACUCAUAAUCGAUACAAAGAUGUAAAAAAACUACUACGCUGUCAUCAUUGGCCAACCGAUAACAUGAUACGAAGUCAGUUGUGGUCAGCUCUAAGUAAACAACACAAUAAUAAUAAUAUGACUGAAGGUUUUUAUUGGGAUCUAGUAGUGCAAUUAUUUGGUACUAAAGAUCUACCAGAUAAAACAAGUAUAUUGCCACCAUUUGUUGAUUCUAAGCAUAGACAUAUUUAUCAUUUAAAUGCAGUCGGUAAAGAAGUAGCUGAUCGAGUUGUUUGUGUACUAGGAUUUGCAUGUCCUGAUAUUACUUAUAGUCCAGCAAUAUAUUCAUUGGUAUCAUUAUUUUUACAUUUUAUGCCUGAAGAAGAAUGUUAUAAUAGUCUAACUAGUCUUGUAUCUUCAAAGCGAUUAGUUUUUAUGACACAAACAAAGUCAUUAUAUGAAGUCACAUGGAGAACAGUUAUGCGAGCUACCAAAAAAUAUGCUAGUAGUGCUUCAGUUCAUUUGACAAAAUUUUGUUCAGUAACCAAAAUUGAGCAUGUAUAUACUGAUUGGAUAUGGUGGAUUUUUCAAGGUUUACCAUUCCAUCAUGUUGUUAGAGUUAUGGACUGUUACUUACAUGAAGGAAUUAAAGUAUUAUACAGAAUUGCUAUGGCUAUAUUGAAACUAUUUUAUAAGCAUUCUAGUAAAAGAAAUUCUUUUUGGGCCCUAGAAGCUUAUAAUAACGGAUUAGAAGCAACUUUAAUGAAAUUUUGUCGACAAAUGCCUGCUAGUCCAAAUAAAUUAUUAAAAAAAGCCUUUGGUAUUCGAGCAUUAAGUGCUGCAUAUUUACAUAGAGUUUUUGUUAAAACUGAAAUGUCUUUAAAGUCAAAAGCAGUUUUAUCUAAUUCACAUCAACUAAUAAGAUCUCGCUCCAGUGAAAACUUACCCACAAGUCAAUCCCAAGUAAAUAUCCAACUAAUGUCACAUACACUUAGUACACGAGAACUUUUUACUUUGUGGUCUUGGUUACCAAUGCGGAUUACCAUGUAUCAACCAAUUUUAUUAUAUACUACAGAAGAACAUGGAUGUAGCUUAACCACAUUUUAUUUUAGAGUUGAACAGCAUGAACCAACAUUAUUAAUUAUUAAAACUUGUUCUGAUGAUGUGUUUGGAGCUUAUUGUUCUACUAAGUGGCUUGAAAGAAAUAGAAAAGAUGAAAGAGGAAACAGGACUGCAUAUUUUGGAACCGGUGAAACAUUUUUAUUUAGUUUAUUCCCUGAAAGAUCAAAAUAUCCAUGGGUGGGUAUGGAAAAUGAUAAUGUUUGUCAUUCAAAUGAACUUUUUAUGGCUGCUGAUUCUAAAAUGAUAACUAUCGGUGGUGGUGAUGGUCAAGCAAUUUGGAUGGAUGAAAACAUAAGAUUUGGAAAAUCUGAUAGCUGCUCGACAUUUAAUAAUCCACCGCUUUGUCCAGGAAAAGAUUUUGAAAUUAAAGUACUGGAAGUUUAUGGUUUUGGAGGUGCGAUGUUGUAAAGAGGUGGUGAUUGUGAUUGUACACUAAACAUUGUUCUAUUCAAGGGAUUAGCGAAGUGGUAAUGGGUGGAGACAAUUUACUUCAAACAAUAUCCACAUCAAAAUAUGACACAUAUCCAGGAAUUGAAGAUAAC